GAUAUUAAUAAGCAUAUCAAAAACAUAAUUGUUAAUAAGUUAGAGUGACGUAUCUUGACGUUAUAAUUAUUACCAGGUUAUUUACAAUAAGGUAUUGAUAAAUUCUGAAGACUUAUGCCGGCUUACAGAACAAUCGAGAACUUACACAGUACAUUUUACCUAUUUCAUACCAAAUGUGUACGAUUUUCAAGUAUUUAACUAUUAUAUUUUUUUUAAUCAAAACCAAUGAUACUUUAGCUCAAGAAGCUGAUGAUGAAACUCCUGAUAUAAUAGCUACUUUCCGAGGACCUUUCGAGGAUUCAUUGCAAUAUUCGAAGGAUGGUGCAGGAAUAUGCUCAGCUACUAUAUCCUGUGAUUUACUACAAAGUCCAAUAAAAAUGUUUAAAUUAGCUUACAAAGAAUUUAAGGCUAUUUACAAGAACCAAUGCUCACAUCUAAAUUCAACGCAACCAGAAAGAUUACAAGAAAUCGAACAGCACAAAGACAGCAUUACCAUAUUGUCUGAGAACUAUACAAACAUCGAAAAACCACCAGAAUCAGAUGGAGCAAACGAAUUGGAUAACAACAACGUCCGGAGAGUAUUGGCCAGUUUCUCGAAACGACCUUGCCUCCACCGAUCCCCCAACAACAAUUGAAAUAACGUCAACUAUCGAAGAAAUAACAUCAACAAUAGAAACAACGGUAGAAACAACGAUAGAAACCACCAUAGAAACAACUUUAGAAAUAACAACAUCGACAUCGACAACUACAACUACAACAACUACAACUACGACAACUACAACUACAAUAACAACUACAACUACAACUAUAACUACAACUAUAACUACAACUACAGUUACUACUACAACACCUGCAACAACUAUUACAUGGGAUGUACCUCAUAUUGAAGAAAAAACACCGCCUCCACCACCGCCACCACCACCACAACCCCCAAUGUUGGGACCAUUAGGAGGGCCAUUUAACUUUAUAUUCAAACCUUUUUUUAACAUAAAUUAUUCUAGACCUAAUAUAUUCAGCCCUGAAACAAAUAUUAAUUAUGCUAACGACAUAAAUAAUACUAAAGUAAUUAAAAUUGAUCAAAAAUAUAAGGUUGAAAACAAAGAGAAAAAAAAGGAAUCUAAAAAGAAGAAAACUAAAAAACCUAAAAAAACUAAAAAACCUAAAAAAACUAAAAAACCUAAAAAAACUAAAAAAAUAACCCCCGCCCCACCAGCUCGAACGCAACCACCCCAGCACCAUCAUCAUAAACCUCAUCAUCAUCAUCAUCAUCGAGGUCCUUUCAGACUUUUAAAGUUUUUACUCAGAAAAAAAAUGUUUUUACUUAGAAAAAAGAAGAGAUUUUUCAGAAGACUUUUCUGGUGGGGCAGACGACGUUUUUUCCGCAGGAAAAAUAAUUUCUAUAACCUAUAUGUAUUUCAAAAAAGAAGAUAAUGAUUUAUGGAA